UGGUUCAUGACCAUGCCGAUGCCGACCAAAGAGGAGAGGUGGGUAUGGAUCGAUAUGCUCGCCCGUAUUCGAGCCAUUUACAUCCCCGUAGCCUUCUCUGCUAGCAAGGAUCAUCCCAAUCUCAGUAUGUGGCUGCAGGUCUCGUUCACCCAGGCACGAGUCGUGGACAUCUGGCGCGGAGGCUCGUCUUUCAUGGGCCACGAGACAAAUCCCACGAGCGGCCUUGGUGUUUGGCGCGAACAUACUAUCGGAUUCGACAUCACGGGUCUGACGGAACUUCUGAGUUGCCCGCGUCAGUUCCGCAAGGUGAACCCCUACGAGGCUAAGUUCAUCAAGCUUGUCCAUCGCGACACUGUCCGAACAGUCUCUGUUAAAGACUCAUACCACGAUCAGUAUGACUUUAGCUGGCUUACCAUUGCACAAGCGCACAGCGGGUUGAACAUUGAGUGGGGUAAGGGUCAGAAGGGAAGUUGGUUCGAGGAUUUCUUCAAGAACGCUAUUUCAUUCGGUCUGGGUUUUGUUCCAGGUGUUGGACCUCUCCUCUCCAUCGCCUUCAACCUAGGGUGGACAGCUGUUGUCAAUCCCGAUCAAUUUAUGCAUGAGCUCAGCCUCUGGGCACCGUCAGUCAAGAUCCCAGAGUUGUUUAAGGAUGACGUUCGCAAGAACUCGGCCGAGAUCAGGGGAC